CGAGUGGAGGAUUAAUCAAUUAUGGUGGGAGGUAGACCCUCCUUUGAUUCCGUUGCGUAGUUUUCAAGUUUGAGAGCUUAUGGUGAAGGAUUAAGCAGAGGUAAAGACAAGAAUUGACUACUACCAAUAAACAAUAAUGUUUAUGGUAUUUCAACGGCAGCCAUUGAACCAUCAUUUGGAUUGCUCUUCGGGGAUCUCUUCAAGCAGCUUGGUGUCGGGACAAGUGGUGCAUCUUUAGUAGUGUCAAUACUAAUGGCAAUUUUAUGCUUUACAGGGCUCAUUAUUGGACCUCUUAUAAAGAAAUUUACCUACAGAAAAGUAGCUAUUGUAGGAGGGCUUAUAAGUGCUACUGCCAUUCUUCUGACUGUUCCAGUAAACAGUAUGCUUCACCUUAUAAUUACCUUUGGAGUACUGGGAGGUAUUGGAUUCGGCCUGGUUAUUUCUUGCUCCAUGGUAGGUAUCAAUUUAUACUUCUCAAAAAGAAAAGGACAAGCGAUUGGUAUUUCAAUGACCGGUUCUACUAUGGGAUUCAUUUUGAUGCCUCAGAUAGUAAGAUUUUUUCUGGAAGAAUAUGAUUUUCGUUCUGCAAUUCUCAUAAUAGGAGCUAUAUCUCUUCAUGCUGUAAUUGGAGCCUCCUUAUUCCAACCAGUUCGUUGGCACUAUAAAGUCGCAAGCAUAGAAGUACAAGAAAAAGAAGCUCAUACCCUAUUGCCAUCCAAUAAAAUUGAGGAAAAGGAUGACUCUGAAGAUGAAGUAACAAGUAUUAUUAGCAGUCCAAAUAUUGAGGAAAGAAAGAAAUUAUCAAAUAUCCCAUCACAAGCGUUUUCACCUAAGGAAUCUGUCGUGACCAAUAUUUCAGUUGAUGCAGAAAAUACACUUCAUUUACAAGAAAUUAAUGUGAACGAAUCUGAGAAAGAGUUCGAAAGAAUAACAGACCAUUCAGAUGUGAAAGAAUCAAACAUGAAAAACAAGCCAAAAAGAUCAGUAAAAAGUCGUUUGUCUAGAUUUUCUAAAUUUAUGGAUCUUGAUCUAUUAAGAGACGGUGUAUACUUGAAUAUCCUCUUCGGACUGUCAAUGUCAGAGUUGGUUGAAAUGAAUUUCAAAUUCAUUUUACCUUUCUACCUAUCGAAUCUGGGCUUCACAUAUUCUGAAAUUGCAUAUGCAUUGUCAUCAAUGGCUGUGUCAGACAUUUUCGCUCGAUUAGUUGUACCACCAAUCAUGGAUAGGACAUCAUACACUAGGCGGAUCACUUUUUUAUUUGGCUCUCUUUGUGUAGUCUUUGGCCGGUCUUGUAUAACUUUACUGUCCUCAAUUGGAUCAAUUAUAACAACAUUAGUGAUUGUUGGUUUCUUUCGUGGAAUAUAUCGUACAUCAUAUCCUCUUGUUUUGACGGAAUAUUCAACAGGGGGUAACUUUCCUUCAGUCCUUGGUUUGUCUAUGGUUUCUAAAGGGAUUUCAGUUUUAAUAUUAGGACCAGGGUUUGGAUAUUUAAGAGACGUUAGUGGUAGCUAUUCUUUGUUCAUCCAUUCACAAACUCUACUAAUGAUCUUGGUAGCAAUUUCUUGGAUUUUAGAAAGAAUUAUCUUGAAGUCUAGAGAUAAUAAACAGGAUAUCCUAGAUGCUUAAUAAAAAUGAAUUUUAGAUUAAAUUUCAGCUGAAGAACCAUGUUUCCAAAUAUCUUAUUCACCACUUAUAGCAUGUAAAAAUAAGUAUCAUUUAUAUAAAGUAUGAAAGCUGGGUCUUUGAAUGGAAUGUUUUGUAAGGAGUCAGGGUGGAAAGGAAUUUUAAAUAAAUAUGUGAACUGCAGUUUGUAAAAACAAUAUGGCUGUCUCCAGUUAAAAAAGUGUUGAAUAUUUGGUAUUUACAUUAUUGUUAAAUCCAAUUGGAAUUUUCUAAUAGAUCAAGAACACUAAGAAAUACGAUUGUAAACAUGAUUUAAACUAUAAUAAAUCAAAUAAGU